AUGAAUUGUGAAGCUGGAAGCACGGCAACGGUGUCAGCCCAAGCCGUCUACCACCAUGUGGUGGAACGAUUGGCUGUGCGGGCUCGGCGGCAGAAACCCAUUCCUUUGACCGUCGUCCAGCGUAACAAAAGUUACUACGUGCCUUUCCUUCUUGAUCUCAGAACGAAGAUCGCCGUUGCCAUAUUAUUUAUAGUGUAUGUAGUGAUAUCAGUCUAUGGUAUAACAGUAAUGGAACAGGGUUUGGAUUAUGACAAAUUGCUUCUACAAACCGACCCUCUGGUCGAAGCAUUUGCCAGAGAAAUUGAACUUUUCCCCAGUGGAGAUCAGAUCGAGAUUGCCAUCAAAAAUGCACCAGACAUGUCUAUCCCAGAAAAGAGAUCGGAAGAUCGAGCAGAUUGUCCAAAGUUUGUAGCAGAUCUUCCUACAAGUGAGGUCAUGGAGUGA